GCCCGAAUUCCCCAAAACAGACAGCAGAUGUCUUUGACAUUUAUCACACUGAUUGCAAAAACCCGACCAAAGAUGGAAAUCUCAAACCCACGACGAAUCCUGGUCGUGUCGCUUAAAAGCGACGCCGAGCUACUUGGCAAGUUCAUCAAAGACCUCACGGGCUCGCACCCGUCCCCCUCCACGGCCGUGGACGGCGCCGACGGGGGCCCGGGGCUGGCGGGCACUACGCACGAGUUGGCGCUCAAGACACCCUACUACGCGGCGUCGGUGCCCGUGUGGCUCGACACGGUCGGCGGCGCCCCGGGCGACUGGGCCGACUCGUUCCUGUCGGACGAGGCGCGCGAGGUGCUGGGCGUGCUGGGCGGCGUCGCCGUCGUGUUUCCACUUGGUGGCGGCGGCGGCGGCGGCGGCGGUGGCGGUAGAGGUAGCGGUAGCGGUAGCAGGGACCUAGUCUCGGCGGUUGGCCGCGUCGUCCGCGAGGGCCUGGGCGGCUGGGACUGGGACGGGGUCGGGCUGGCGGUCGGGGUGGGCGAGGCACCGGCGGCGGCGGCUGCGGGAGGAGGAGGAGAGGACUUGCUGGGCGAGUGGGAGGAGUGCUGCGCCGAGGCGGGGCUGGAGUUUGUGCACGCCAGGCCGGGCGGCGGCGGCGGCGGCGGGACAGGGGAUGGGGGGUUGAGGAACGAGUUUGGCGAGAAAACGGGCAUCCCCCGGGUGCUCGAGGCGCUGCAGUCCAACGACUGGGCGCUGGACGUCCCCCUCGACGGCCUGGACUACGACGACGACGACGACGGCGACGGCAGCGGCGACAACGACGACGGCUCCGAGUUUGGGGACUUUGCAAAGGCGGCAGGCGGCGGGAAGCCCACGGACCUGGAUCCCGCCAGCCUCGGGUUUGGCUUCGACAAGGCCGACUUUGAGGGGCUGCGGCGCGCCAUCUGGAGCUCGGGCGUGGAGCCGGAGGCCGAGGACGACAGGGCCGGGGUUGAGGCGGGUAGUUCCUGGACGGCGAAGCCGAGCAGUAGUGCUCAAGGCACUGCUGCUGCUGCCGCUGCUGCUGCUACUACUACUACUACUACUACUACUACUACUACUACUACUUCUACAGCAAAGGGGCCAGGAGACACCGAUGGUGACAAGGAAGGGGGCAGCGGUGGUGGUGGUGGUGGUGGUGGUGACGAGGACAGCCUCAGGCAGGAGGACGUGGAAAAGGUGGAGGCCAUGAUGCGAAAGCUGCUCGCGGCGCGCGAGAUGGGCGCCGGCAUGCCCGAGGAGCAGCGGCGGCGGCUCGCGGCCCGGGCGGUGGGCGAGGUCAUGAGGGAGCUGUAGGCUGGGAGGUAUAGGGUUGCUUCUACUGGAUGACGGGGAGGAGGCCUCUACCCUGCCGCCCCCAACUCGAGCCCCGUGUCUGGCCAGAUGUCGGUUGGCUGGUACCACCUAUUUUGUGCAUGUAUAUGCCUAGGUGCCUACCCAAGGACGUGUGUUGGACUUGGCACUGCCGGGAAUCCUCCUGACAAGAAGACGUGGGCAAGGCUAACCGGCCGAGUGAUAUGGCAUGGAUCGCCCUGCCUUGUUAAAAAAAGGGGAAGACGGCGAGGACCGAUCUGGCCAAAGAUGCAUAAUGGAUGGCAGCGGGCUGUUCUCCACUGCGGCGGCGGCGGCGGCGGCAGCAGCGGCGGCUUGUUGACAGCGGCCUCCCGGUCUCGGGCUUGGUUUCGUUUUGAUGGUUUCAUUUUAUCAUUUUUUUUGGACCUUGUUUUCAUAGGUAUCUCCUAGAACGGCCUUCCCCCGGUGGUAUAGAGCUGCUUGGAAAGGAGGUGUCAAAGUUACAACAUGUCGACAUCUACCGUGACAAGCACAGUAUAGUUGUCUACGCGCCCUCACUCACGUCACCCGG